UAUUACGACAACUUGCACUACCCAUCCUGGACUACAAGAGUGAGUACAGAGCAGUAAAGCAGAUCUUUUGGCGUGAAGGAUGACAAUGAAGAACAACGCUUGGGCAAUAUCUCGCGACGAUUAGUACCCGUAUGCAAAUCCUUAUACUCUUUAAGGCUGGAAUUAUACAAAUGCGGGUACUUUCUAACUGCACUCGUUUCCGUUUAUUCCGUUUUUUCUUCAACUAGAUUUGAUUCAACGGCGCUGGGUCACUGUUGCCACCUUGUGGAAGAACUAAAUAGUGCAAAGGAAUUAAAUGCGCAUGUGCGACCUGCGCUUACAAAGUACGUGCGGUUAGAAAAAUCGGGUGGUUCGCGUGUACUGUACGUACUCUGCUGAUGUCGAAAUUUGCGUCACGCGUACUGUACGCUGUUUCAGCUCUUUUAGCGGAGCCGACUCACAUAUCUGAACAGUUUGGGUUUUUUAAAUUCUUUCUCCUCCUCCUCUUCUUUCUUAGACGUAGGCAGUGUUGCUUCAUGCUUGCACGAUUUUCAGUAUAAAUUAAAAGUUUUCGAUUGAAUACAGCGCAGACACACUAGCAUUAAUGCAGCUAUGGUUACUGUAUACACAUUGUAGUGCCUUGCUUAUUUAACAUUUAAAAUAGAUUUUAUAACUUUUUAUAUAUAUUUAAAAAAGAAGAGUAAGCUUUCGUAAAACAAUUUCAGCCAUAGUUAGGCAAAGAAGAAACACCACUGAUAAAAACAAUAAAAUAAAAUAAAAAAUAUAUAUAAUAUAAUUUUAAAAAGCGCGCCAAAAUGUUAUUUAGGAGCCGAAAGAGUCGACUCUUUUUGAUGAUAUGAUUCAGUGAAAAGAUCCGGAAUGCCCAUCACAUUACGGUUGUUAUUUUCACUUAAACCCGCCUCGUCUUGGAGCUGCCCAUUUGAUUGGCCGCCCUAGUCUGUUAUCUGAUAAUAUCAUUGGCCAGUACUUGUAAUUCUUUUCCAUCUCACGGGUGAGUGUGAAUUUGAUUGGCUGAGCGGCACGUCCAUUUCUACAGCCAUUUCCGGGUCCGGUAGCGGUUAGCACACCGUGGCGGGUCUGGAGCAUUAGAAGGACAUCGUUAAAUAUUUAUAAACAUCGAGAUGCUAUCGGAGGUGCUCCAGGUAGUUCGGGGUGCUGGCAAGGUCGGUGCUGCCUUCGUUACCACGCAAGGAGAGCAGCUGAGGUUGAUAGCCUGCAACUCAACACUGGGAGUAGGACUCAAAGCUGCCCAGGAUGCAGCUGGGGCCUGGACGGGCGUUAGGAUAAAAGAAGAGAAGACACCCAAGUCUGAGGAGUUCCCAGACAUUGAAGGAUGGGACCAGAUGGAGGAGAACGAAGCCACCAAAUGGGCCGUCGGCUCGGAGCUCGCGCCGGAUAUCUCCAACAAAGAUUACGUUUACGAGUCGACAGGAACUCCUAAAGGAUCAUCGGUGGGAUCUGGCUGGCCUGGUCAAAGCGCGCGAUUCUUGCACGUUGUUGUGCCUCAUAAUCAAACGAGGUUUGUUCAUGACUCUGUAGUGGCCAGGUUGAGUCCAGAGGACAUCAAAAAGGCCCGGGAGGUUAAACAGAGUACCGCCCGGCCUGUUCGCCAGAAGCUGAGCGAGCGAGCCAAGGAAAGGAAGGUUCCUGUCACGCGGAUUAGUCGACUUGCGAAUUUCGGGGGUUUGGCUGUUGGGCUCGGUCUCGGGGCCAUUGCUGAAGUCGCAAAGCAGUCUUUUGGAGGCAAAAAAACGGAUACCGGAGCUGUGUUAGAUUCUCCGCUCCUGUCCGAGGCCAACGCUGAGAGGAUUGUUAACACGUUGUGUAAGGUGCGAGGAGCAGCGCUCAAGAUCGGACAAAUGCUGAGCAUUCAGGACAACAGCUUCAUUAAUCCACAACUACAGAAGGUAUUUGAGAGGGUCCGACAAAGUGCAGACUUUAUGCCAACCUGGCAAACCAAUAAAGUUCUGGAGGAAGAGUUGGGCCCUGGCUGGAAGGACAUGCUCUCGUCAUUUCAGGACAAACCCUUUGCAGCUGCCUCCAUUGGUCAGGUGCAUCUCGGAGUCCUGCCUGACGGAAGGGAAGUGGCUAUGAAAAUACAGUAUCCAGGAGUGGCCGAGAGCAUCAAAAGCGACGUGAACAACUUGAUGUCGGUGCUGAAGAUGAGCGUGCCGCUUCCUGAGGGUUUAUUUGCGGACAGCAGCCUGGAGGUCCUUCACAGGGAGCUAGCCUGGGAGUGUGACUACAAACGAGAGGCAAAGUGUGCCAAGCGCUUCAAGACUCUAAUGGAAGGAGACCCGAUAUUCAAAGUCCCCGGGAUCAUCGAUGAGCUCACCACGUCUCGUGUGAUCACCAUGGAGCUUAUUAACGGAGUCCCGCUGGACAGCUGUGUGGAUCUGGAUCAGGAGACCAGGAAUAAGAUAUGCUCCAGCAUCUUGCACUUGUGCCUCCGAGAGCUCUUCGAGUUUCGCUUCAUGCAGACGGAUCCCAACUGGUCCAACUUCUUCUAUAAUGCUGAAGAGGACAAGAUUUACCUGUUAGACUUUGGAGCUUGCCGAGAAUACCCAGACUCCUUCACCGAUGAUUACAUUGAGGUGGUGCAUGCGGCCUCAGUCGGAGAUCGUGCCAAAGUUCUGCGGAAAUCCAAAGACCUGAAGUUCCUCACUGGCUACGAAACCAAGGCGUUUGAGGACGCUCACGUGGAGGCGGUGAUGAUCCUGGGAGAAGCUUUCGCCUCUUCAGACGCCUUCGACUUCAGCACUCAGAGCACGACACGCCGAGUCCACAACCUGAUCCCGGUGAUGCUCCGUCACCGCCUCGCUCCUCCUCCUGAGGAGUCGUACUCGCUGCACCGCAAGAUGGCCGGCUCCUUCCUUAUUUGCUCCAAGCUCCAGGCGCGAAUUCCCUGCCAAGAAAUGUUCCUCAGCAUCUAUAACGCUUACAAACAGCAACAUCACAAGCGGGCAGGUGGAGAAUAGACUCAGAGAAACGCUACAUGUCUGGAGUCCUGGAUGUCGAGGUAGAUGGGAGAUGGGUUUAGAUGAACUGGAGUUUGAGAACUUUUUUUUUUUUUUUUUUCUUUUUCUUUUUUUUUUUUAAGCUGAGUGCUAUGACGGAGAAGUUUAAUCAUAAAUAAAGAGAAAACGUAUUUUUUUUUUGUAUAUUAUGUUUUAUGCCCAAGAAGAAUUUUGAGCAGUUUGUUGGUCAGUGUUUAGUCAGUGUGAUAAGUUUUAUACCUCACUGGAUCACUGUAGCUGUAGUAGUGUUUUAUUUCAUACGCUGAGCUCAGCUCAGUUACAGCCACUUUGGGGAGGAAAAGGUGGUGAAUUGAAUGAUUACAGUGAGUUUACACGUCGAGUAACGUAUUAUUAUUAUUAUUAUCUACCCAUCUUUUUUUAUUACUCUUUGCAGAUCAUGUAACAUUAAGACUUGUGUUAGAGAUUUUUGUUUGAAGACAAAAAAUGUUUAAACAUUUUCCCAUUUUUCGUUAUUUCCCCUCAUCAUUUCUCAUAUUCUUUUUCCUUCUUUCUGUCUCUCUUAUUUUCUCUUUUAUUUUUUUUUCUAAGUCUUCCUUUCCUUCUUCCUUCCUUCUGUCUGAUUUUUAUACUCUUUCUCGUUUUUGUCACGUUAUUUCCUUCUUUUUUUGGUAUUUUUUUUCUGGGGGGGGGUUCCCUGUUCUUUUACCCCACUUUUCCUAGUCAUUCCUUCUGUUUUUCUUUUUUUCCCCUUCUUAAAUUUGUUUUCUUUCUCCCUCUCUCUCGCCCUCUCUAUUUUGCCACUUUGUUUCAUUUUUUUCCCCUCAUUCUCAAAAGUUGUCAUUUUUCCUUGUCUUUCUCACACUUGCCCUUUUUUUCUUCCAUGAUUUCUUUUUUCUUUUAUUUCUUUUUCUCUUCCUAUUUUCAAUCUCUCUCAUUUUCUUUCUGAUGUUAUCAUUUUAUCUCCUUUCUUCCUUCGAUUUUCUGUUUUUCCCCGUCAUUAAUCAUAUUCUUUUUCUUCUCUCUACUACUCUCCCUCUCAUUUUAACUUAUUUACUUGGUUUUUCUUCCUUUUUCUGCUUUUCUAAGAUUACUUCUCUUCUUCACCCUUCUCUCAUUGUCUCUUAUCUUUUUCCCUUUCUCUCCCAGUUUUUCUUCCCCCCCAUUCCUCUCACUCUCUGUGUGUAUUUCUUUCAGGAUACACAAAUCUAGUUAAGAAGUGAGUUCGAGGUAGCUGAGCUCACGCUUGCGGGAAGAAAAGCGAGUUUCUUUCAGCUGAACAUCCAAGGUCAUGUCGAGGAAUAUUGUUGAGAAGGCAUCUCAGAGUCUUAUGGUACUUCUUCCUCCUUUCGCCUUCAGUAAGAGCUUUAUCCUGCUCAGGGUCACGCUGGAGCCGGAGCCUAUCUUGGGAACACUGGGUGAGGAUGGUGGGAAUACACCCUGACUGGGACACACGUCCAUCCAUUCCGCCUAUCGUUUAGUUUUUGGGAGUUGGGAGAAAACUGGAGAAUCUCAGAGGAAACCCAGAGAAUCGGGGACUCUGGUGCUCUGAGGCGGCAAUAUAUGUAAAAUCAAGUUCUGUGCUUAAUUAUGCUCAUGUAUACCUGUGUAAUUGUGUUCAUAUUUACAGAUUGUCAAGCUUUUAGCAGAAUAUUUAGCUGAGCAUUUCUGCACUCUAAUAGUGUUUGGGAAAAUGUCAAGAGUUUGAUCGUAAUAAAAAAAAAAAAAAAGGCCUGACUUCCGGAUUACUGUU